AGAGUGCUCUGCGCCGUGAAGAAGCGGCUCCCGGGGACUGGGGGCAUUUUGUGUUGGCUGGAGCUGGAGUAACAAGAUGGCGUCGUCGGCGGAGUGACAGGGGUCCCUCUGGGCCGGAGCCGGCGGCAGUGGUGGCAGCGGUAUCGCCGCCCUAGCUCACCGCGCCCCUUUUCCAGCCCGCGACGUCGCCGCGCAAGCGAGGCAGCGGCGGCCGCCGAGAAACAAGUGGCCCAGCCUGGUAACCGCCGAGAAGCCCUUCACAAACUGCGGCCUGGCAAAAAGAAACCUGACUGAGCGGCGGUGAUCAGGCUCCCCUCUGCUGAUUCUGGGCCCCGAACGCCGGUAAAGGCCUCCGUGUUCCGUUUCCUGCCGCCCUCCUCCGUAGCCUUGCCUAGUGUAGGAGCCCCAGAGGCUUCCGUCCUCUUCCCAGAGGUGUCGGGGCUUGGCCCCAGCCUCCAUCUUCGUCUCUCAGGAUGGCGAGUAGCAGCGGCUCCAAGGCUGAAUUCAUUGUCGGAGGGAAAUAUAAACUGGUACGGAAGAUCGGGUCUGGCUCCUUCGGGGACAUCUAUUUGGCGAUCAACAUCACCAACGGCGAGGAAGUGGCAGUGAAGCUAGAAUCUCAGAAGGCCAGGCAUCCCCAGUUGCUGUACGAGAGCAAGCUCUAUAAGAUUCUUCAAGGUGGGGUUGGCAUCCCCCACAUACGGUGGUAUGGUCAGGAAAAAGACUACAAUGUGCUAGUCAUGGAUCUUCUGGGACCUAGCCUCGAAGACCUCUUCAAUUUCUGUUCAAGAAGGUUCACAAUGAAAACUGUACUUAUGUUAGCUGACCAGAUGAUCAGUAGAAUUGAAUAUGUGCAUACAAAGAAUUUUAUACACAGAGACAUUAAACCAGAUAACUUCCUAAUGGGUAUUGGGCGUCACUGUAAUAAGUGUUUAGAAUCUCCAGUGGGGAAGAGGAAAAGAAGCAUGACUGUUAGUACUUCUCAGGACCCAUCUUUCUCAGGAUUAAACCAGUUAUUCCUUAUUGAUUUUGGUUUGGCCAAAAAGUACAGAGACAACAGGACAAGGCAACACAUACCAUACAGAGAAGAUAAAAACCUCACUGGCACUGCCCGAUAUGCUAGCAUCAAUGCACAUCUUGGUAUUGAGCAGAGUCGCCGAGAUGACAUGGAAUCAUUAGGAUAUGUUUUGAUGUAUUUUAAUAGAACCAGCCUGCCAUGGCAAGGGCUAAAGGCUGCAACAAAGAAACAAAAAUAUGAAAAGAUUAGUGAAAAGAAGAUGUCCACGCCUGUUGAAGUUUUAUGUAAGGGGUUUCCUGCAGAAUUUGCGAUGUACUUAAACUAUUGUCGUGGGCUACGCUUUGAGGAAGCCCCAGAUUACAUGUAUCUGAGGCAGCUAUUCCGCAUUCUUUUCAGGACCCUGAACCAUCAAUAUGACUACACAUUUGAUUGGACAAUGUUAAAGCAGAAAGCAGCACAGCAGGCAGCCUCUUCCAGUGGGCAGGGUCAGCAGGCCCAAACCCCCACAGGCAAGCAAACUGACAAAACCAAGAGUAACAUGAAAGGUUUCUAAGCAUGAAUUGAGGAACAGAAGAAGCAGAGCAGAUGAUCGGAGCAGCAUUUGUUUCUCCCCAAAUCUAGAAAUUUUAGUUCAUAUGUACACUAGCCAGUGGUUGUGGACAACCAUUUACUUGGUGUAAAGAACUUAAUUUCAGUAUAAACUGACUCUGGGCAGCAUUGGUGAUGCUGUAUCCUGAGUUGUAGCCACUGUAAUUGUGAAUAUUAACUGAGAUAGUGAAACAUGGUGUCCGGUUUUCUAUUGCAUUUUUUCAAGUGGAAAAGUUAACUAAAUGGUUGACACACAAAAAUUGGUGGAGAAAUUGUGCAUAUGCCAAUUUUUUGUUAAAACCUUUUGUUUUGAACUAUACUGCUUUGAGAUCUCAUUUCAGAAGAACGGCAUGAACAGUCUUCAGCCACAGUUGUGAUGGUUGUAAAUGCUCACAAUUGUGCAUUCUUAGGGUUUUUCCAUCCCUGGGGUUUGCAAGUUGUUCACUUAAAACAUUCUUAAAAUGGUUGGCUUCUUGUCUGCAAGCCAGCUGAUAUGGUAGCAACCAAAGAUUCCAGUGUUUGAGCAUAUGAAAGACUCUGCCUGCUUAAUUGUGCUAGAAAUAACAGCAUCUAAAGUGAAGACUUAAGAAAAACUUAGUGACUACUAGAUUAUCCUUAGGACUCUGCAUUAACUCUAUAAUGUUCUUGGUAUUAAAAAAAAAAGCAUAUUUGUCACAGAAAUUUAGUUAACAUCUUACAACUGAACAUGUAUGUAUGUUGCUUAGAUAAAUGUAAUCACUGUAAACAUCUAUAUGAUCUGGGAUUUUGUUUUUAUUUUGAAAUGGGAGCUUUUUUGUUUACAAGUUCAUUAAAAACUAAAAACUGUUUCUGUAAGGAAAUGAGAUUUUUUUUUAAACAACAAAAAAUGCCUUGCUGACUCACUAUUAAAUAAAAAUCUCCCCAAUUUUUUGAUAGACUACUUCAAGCCAUUUGUUACAUGGUAUUCCUUUGCAAGUCAAUCUAGGUUUCGUGUUAUAACUUUUCCUCUUUUUUUAAGAAAAAUGAAAAAAGUAAUUCUUUUGUCUGAAGGGGAAAGGCAUUCUUUCAUUUUUUUCUUUUUUUUUUUUUUUUUAUGACUUGCAGGCACAAUAUCUAGUACUGCAACUGCCAGAACUUGGUAUUGUAGCUGCUGCCCGCUGACUAGCAGCUGGACUGAUUUUGAAUAAAAAUGAAAGCAUUAAAGGGUUUCCCUACAAAACAUUUUUCUUUAAAAUACUUUUGAAAUGGCUAUAAGCAGUUGACUUUCACCCUUGGAGAGCAUCACACUGUGUGAGGUUCAGUGAUUGUUGACCCUCCCCAGCCCCUCCUGCUUCUUUAAGUUAUCUGUGUGCGUGCGCUUCCUCUCAAUCUUCUUUGCACGCUCAUUUUCUUUUUCUCUGACCCAUGAGAAAGGAAAACUUACUGAUGAUAAUUUUUAAAUAGUGUAAUUUAUUCAUUUAUAGCAUGUCAGGAUAAAUUAAAAGAACAUUUGUCUGGAAAUGCUGCCGGGAGCCUAUUGUGUAAAUGUAGGUAUUUUGUAAAAUAACCUUGAAAUUGUAAAUUGACACGUGUUUGGUCAGAUUGUGUCAAGUUUAAUUUGUUUUGUUUUCUUUUUUUCUUUUUUUUAUUUGAAAACUACUUUAGCAAUAAUUAAUUCCAUGAUUAUCACAUUCUGCCAUUAAGGGAUAUUAGUACCGUAAUACUGAAGAAAUUUUAUUAAGUCUGAACUUUUGGGGUAGGCAGCUUCUUUGUUUCUUUUCUAUCCACCCUUGUCGGUUGAGGUAUUUGUUUCUUGACUAAUAAACCCUUUGAUACUUUUAGCCAGAAAUCGGUCUCAUAAAGCUAUUUUUGAGUAUAGUUUGUGUAAAAUAAAAAUGUUUAGCUUUGGUAAUAACUUCCAAGCUGAACUCCCUCUAGCAAGAUAUUUUUCAGUGCUUUUAUUUACUAUGCACUUAGACUAUGCACUUUUUCUGAAAUAUUUUUGUAACACUUUUUUGUAUUUUUGCCAUUUGAAAAGGUUGUGGUGUAGUUGGUCUGUAAUUAAGUUGCAGAUUUAAAACUGCUGUUAGCUUUGUAAAUCAAAAUAUAGGUGUUUUUUGUCCUGGUAUAUCGUCAUUCCAUCUGCAGCUGGAGCUGGAAUCCCAUUGAUCUUCUAGCUACCAUUCAUUUUCUUCACUGUUCACAAAAGAAGAGUGUGAAAUUCAGUGAAUGCUGUUACUAAUCCUGUUGCAAGAUGAAUCUCAUUUCACCAAAAUUAAAUUAUGUUUUUCUGCUAAAAUGAUGAUACAAGUUGAAGACACAUCACUCUGAAAUUGGAAGACCUCACCACUUAAGGCUCCACAGUGGCUUACUCAGCUGAACUCUAGGUUACUACUCUUUACUUUGUUCACCCAUUGGGGGGUGCAGUUUUUUUAAAAUGUUGGGAGAUGGCCAUUCUAACUACUGUUGAAUGUCUCUGUUUUGGGAAGGUAUAACAAGAAAUAAAAAAGAAUAUAUAUGAA